UUCCGAUCAAAUGAAAAAAUUUGAAAAGCAAAUGAAUUAUCUAAUUUUUAACCAUAGUUCUGUGCUAAGAAUCUGACUUUUUCAAUUUCAAAAAUAUUUCUAAAAUGUAGCAAAUGUAUAUCUGCUUAAUUUGUUCAACCAUUAAGAAUCAGGGUUUGAAAUUUAUUAAAAAAAAAUGCUUGCAGCAUGCGAAAAGUGAGUUUAUGAAACAGCUGAACAAGGCUAUAAUGGAGCAAAACAUUACCAAGUUACCAACAUCACACCUAGAAGGACUACAGUGGGUUUGUUCGAGAAAAAGAUACGCAUUUUCGGCGAGUGUAGCAACAGCUCUUGAAUUACAAUCAGCAUUAUCUUGUGAGCUUUCCACCUUGAGAAUUGAACACAUAGAAAGAAUUGCGGUUGUGAUGACGAAAAAUAACGAAUACUUGCCAUUCAUCAAUAGAAGAAUACACGAGUUGCAUGAAGGUGGAAUUAUUGGAAAAUGGAUCCAUGAUGUAACAAAGACCCAUGUACAUGCCUUUCAGAAUUCGCAACCUUUUGAAAAGACAGCAGUUGCAUCCACAAGGGUUAUACAACUAAUAUUGCUCGGUGGUAUCUUGUCAUCUAUUGUACUACUUUUGAUCGAAAUAUUUUAUUAUAAGAUAAAGAAAAGCACACGAGUAUAGCAUUGAUAAUCAAUAAAUAACGAGAAUAUCUUUAUAAUUUAUAA